AUGGCACCAAAGACGCCAAUCCUUUUCCUAAAAACCAAGUCGUCCCCUGGUGACACCUAUGAGGAGUUCUUCACAUCGCCGCCUGAUGGCGCCAGCUAUGAGCCCUCCUUCGUUCCUGUGCUCAAGCACCAGUUCGACGAAGCUGGGAUAGCCAUCGUACGAAAUGCGCUCCAAAGCGGGUCGAUAAGCGCAACAGCCGGCAGCGCCUACGGCGGCAUUAUCUUUACUUCCCAGCGCGCCGUCGAAGCCUUCACGAAGCUCGUCGAGGAAAGGAGAGGUGAGGAUGGCUGGCCUCAUCUCCAGGACGUUCCCAUCUAUAGCGUCGGGCCGGCCACUACGCGCGCCCUCAAGGCUGUUCCCCAGGUGCCUCCUCUGCAGGUGUUUGGAGAGCAUACGGGGGCAGGAGACAAACUGGCCCCUUUCAUCCUCGAACACUAUGGGGAAUGGUACAAGGACCGCGAGGUUAAGCCUCCGUUGUUGUUCCUAGUUGGCGAGAAGCGGCGGGAUGUCAUCCCCAAAGUGCUAACAGGGGCAGGAUGGCGGGUGGACGAAGUGGUUAUCUACGGUACCGGGGAAUUGGAGUCGUUCUACGACGACUUCGCUCGGCGCUUGGCUGAGACGGCAGAUCGCCCGACGAGAUGGGUGGUUGUCUUCUCGCCGAGCGGUUGUGACAGUAUGCUUCGUGCCCUGGACCUCCUGGACGCGAGCACGGGCAAGGCCAAGCGCAAGCAACCUGGCCGGAACACCCUGAUCGCCACGAUCGGGCCUACAACCCGUGAUCAUCUAAUUCAAAAGUUUGGGUUCGAGCCCGACAUCUGCGCUGAGCAGCCCACUCCAGAAGGCGUCUGGCGUGGCAUUUCUAGCUACCGCCGUCGAUAG